AUGGGCGCAGUACAGUCAACUGAUAAGCCGAUCGUGCAUACUACGAGCAAGGGAAAGCUCAAAGGCAUCCAAAGGAUUGACAAUGUAACACAGAAGCCAUCUUAUCAUCGGUUUACUCGUGUUCCAUACGCUCUGCCACCUGUUGGUGACCGGAGGUGGCGUCGUCCAGAAAAGCUCCCCACAGACUUUUCAUACGAUGAUGCAAACGGUGUCGCCGGUGAUUAUACGACAUUUCCCUCCGUCUGCCCCCAACCUCACUACGCGCAUGGGGCGGCGGAGGUGGCGAACCCAGAUCGCGAGCCAGAGCCGGAAACCGUCUUUGACGAGGAUUGCCUAUACGUUAACAUUUGGGUCCCUGCUCAAAGCCCACCGCCUGACGGCUGGCCAGUCCAGUUCUACAUUCAUGGUGGCUGGCUUCAAAUGGGUGAGGCGAAUCACAUGAACAAGCAUGAUCCAUUCCAUCUCAUGCAGGAAUUUCCCCGUAUUAUCGUAGCCCCUGCGUAUCGACUCAAUCUAUUUGGCUUUAUGUCUUUUUCCGGUCUCCAAGAAGACUGCGCGGCCUACGCCCCAGGAAACUACGGCUUUUGGGACCAGCGUGCUGCACUUGAAUGGACGUAUGCGAACAUCGCGGAGUUUGGCGGCAACCCUGAGAAUAUCUCUCUGGGAGGUCUAUCUGCAGGCGCAUAUUCGUCUGUCUUCCAACUGAAUUACGACGUCAGACUUCCGAACAAGGCCGAUCGAUUGAUCAAAAGAGUCUACUUAUACUCGAAUGCAGUCGGAGUUCAGCCGAACCCUGUGUCUUCCCCUGCACUCGAAGCCCAAGUUGAUGAGCUUCUGACAGAGUGCGGAAUCUCAACAGGCCUUUUUCCUCAAGAAAAAGUUGAUGCGCUGCGAAAAGUGCCGUCGAAGACGCUUAUCGAGGCCGUUCAUCGUAUGAAGCAACAUACCUUCCGAGCUAUCACAGACGACGACUUUGUUAACGCCAGCUUCUUGGCUGAUGUCAACUCUGGGGAGUUUGGGAGACUUUUGGCGAGUCAAGGCGUCGAUAUCAUGCUGGGAGAGGUUGCCGAUGAAGCAACUCUUUACCGCAUGAUCAACCCAGCUUCCGAUUACGAUAGCCUCGUGGUGCAACUGAACAACUACUACCCAGAGAAAGUAACCAAGGCCCUUCUGCAGCACUAUACUCUUCCCACUGCAGGGUCCAGCAAGGACGAGUGGGCCGAUAUUGGGUCAAUCAUUAUCGGCGACUGUCAAGUCCACGCUACGAUCCGUGGCUUCACCGCGUCAUUGCUCAAGACCAUGCCUGAAGAACGCGUCUUGAGGUACAGAAUCUCAUGGCGUGCGAAGGCGCUCGACAACUGGCUCCAGCCCAGUAUUGGCAUGUGUCAUGCCUCUGACAUCCCUAUUUGGUGGGCCUGUGGACGCCGGGCUGGAUAUGAGCAGGCUGAUCUUGGCCUUGUAAGCGAGUGGCUGAAGCCAUUCUAUCAGUAUUUGUGCGGUGAUAAGCCAACUUGGGGCGCUACUGGCUUGAAUACGGUCAGAGAAUUGAAAGCGGAAGGCAAGAUUGAGAGUGUGGAGGAUGUAAAUCUGGAUAAGGGCCUGGAAGUAUGGAACGUGAUGGUAAAAGCGCAAUUGAACCUAGCCUAG